AUGAAGACUGCCGCCACCCUCACCGCAGCUCUGUUCGCGUUGCGAUCCUUCGCGACCGACCCUCUCACUGCCGACAAGGCUGAGGCCGAUAUCAAGACAACUGAGCUUGAGCGUAACCUCUGGAACCUCAACAAGAUCGCUCGCGAUAAUGGCGGUAACCGUGCCUUCGGUCUGCCUGGCUACAAGGCCUCGUCUGAUUACAUUCUUGAGCGUGUCCAGGGCCGCUUCCAUAAGCAGCUCGACACCAAGCUCCAAUACUUCAACCACACCUUCUCGCAGACCCGUGAGCUCAAGGUCACUGGUCCCGACGGAGAGGAUGUCUACGUCGUGAGCCUUCAGUACAAUCACCCCACUGAGCUCCCUGGCGGCAACACCGCCCCGCUCAUUGACAUCCCCGUUGAUGACGCCCGAGGCUCUGGCUGUUUCGCUGACCAGUGGGAGGGCAUUGACGCCACCGGCAAGCUUCCCCUUGUGAAGCGCGGUGUCUGCGCCAUCUCCGACAAGCUCAAGCUCGCCAAGGCUGCCGGUGCUGUCGGUGUGAUCCUCUACAACCAGACUCCUGGCCGAGACAUUGGCUCUGCUACUCUCAGUGCCGAGAACCUGGGCCUGCUGGUGCCUGUCGGUCUCAUCCCUCUCGAGGAUGCCACUGCCUGGAGGGAGCGUCUGGCUGCUGGCGAGACCCUUGAGGUCACCCUUCUGGUUGACGCCGUCUGGGAUGAGCGUGAAACUUGGAACAUCAUCUCCGAAACCAAGGAGGGUGACCCUAAUAACGUCAUUGUCCUUGGUGCCCACUUGGACAGUGUUCAGGCUGGCCCCGGUGUCAACGAUGACGGUAGUGGAACUUCCGCUCUUCUCGAGAUCGCCGGCUCUUUCAAGAAAUACAGAGGCUUCAAGAACAAGGUCCGCUUCAUCUGGUGGGGUGCUGAGGAGAGUGGCCUCGUCGGAUCUCUUUACUACACUGCCCAGUUGUCCGAGGCCGAGGCUGAUGCCAUCCGCUUCUACUGGAACUACGACAUGAUCGGCUCUAUCAACCCUGUUUACAACGUCUACCUUGGCGACAACGAGGGUGACAAGUUUGGCGCCCAGCCCAUCCAUGACUAUAUCGCGGCUCAGGGCAAGCCCGCUGCCUUUGGCGGUUUCGGCAGCAGCUCCGACUACGUCGGUUUCCUCCAGCUUGGCAUUCCCUCCUCCGGUAUCUUCACCGGCGCCGGUGCCCCUACCGACCCCUGCUACCACUUGGCCUGCGACACCCUCGAUAACAUCAACUGGGACGCUAUCACCAUCAACACCAAGGCCGCUGCCCGUGUUGCUGCCGACUUCGCAAACGAGCUUCCCGCUGCCCUGCCCCGUCGUGCCACCACUACGCCCGCCCGCCGUAGCCGUGACGCUAUCCGUCGUGAGUUCCAGAAGUGGGCUCUUGCCUCUGAGCAGGCUGAGCACGCCAAGAGCUGCUCCCAUGGCGAGCACAACAUCUACUAG